AUGCCUACCAUCGGUGUGGAUAAGGCGGCCCUCUUCAAAGAGCUGGGCCGGGAAUAUACCUACCAGGAGUUUGACGACCUAUGCUUCGAAUUUGGUAUCGAGUUGGACGAGGACACAAGCCUGAGCACCAAGCCAGAAGAUCAGGCGCAACCACCACAACUCAAGAUUGAGAUUCCCGCAAAUCGCUAUGACAUGCUAUGUUUCGAGGGUAUCGCCAUGAACCUCAAGGUCUUCCUUGAGAAACAAAAGCUGCCCAAGUGGACUGUUACUGCGCCCAAGGGAGGAGAGCUGCAGGUGCUCGACAUCAAGCCUGAGACCAAGCAAAUACGAGAGCUCUGCUCGGGUGUCAUACUACGAGGCAUCAAAUUCACCCAAGAACGAUACGACUCCUUCAUCGCGUUACAAGACAAAUUACACUCCAACCUGGCGCGUCAACGGACACUUGUAUCCAUUGGAACACACGACUUGGAUACGAUUCAGGGCCCCUUCUCAUACGAAGCACUACCGCCAGAGCAGAUCAAGUUCGUGCCCCUGAAGCAGGACAAGGAAAUGAACGCGAAGGAGCUCAUGGAGUUCUACGAGAAAGACAAGCAUCUCGGACGCUUCCUACACAUCAUUCGCGACUCGCCUGUCUACCCCGUAAUCUACGAUGCGAACCGUACCGUCCUCUCCCUUCCGCCCAUCAUCAACAGCAAUCACAGCAAGGUUACACUGGACACAAAGAACGUCUUCAUCGAGAUCACUGCGACCGACAAGACAAAGGUCGAGAUUGUCAACCACAUGAUGGUCACCAUGUUCGCUGGGUACGCAGAGUCGAUCGAGCCUAUCAAGAUCAACUCGCCCCACAAUGGAGAGUCAAGAGAGUCGCCAGAUCUGUCACCGCGACAAAUGCAGGUUGAGGUGGACUACCUGAACCAGGUCACUGGCCUCACCUUGUCACCCGAGGAGAUCUCGAAACUCUUGUCGCGUAUGGGCCAUGACGUCUCACCGUCUCAAUCCGACAAGAACAUCCUCGACGUUUCGGUACCUAUCACAAGAGCGGACAUCCUGCAUCAAGCGGAUAUCAUGGAAGAUUACGCCAUCGCAUACGGCUUCAACAAGCUGCCGCGAGUAUACCCGAACAAGACUGCUGCUGUCUCCGCGCCAUUACCCAUCAACAAGCUCGGUGAUAUCGUCCGGAUAGAGUCCGCGUCAUCGGGAUGGACCGAAGUCAUGCCUCUCAUCCUCUGCUCGCAUGAGGAGAACUUCGAGUGGCUGAACCGGAAAGAUGACGGAAAGACAGCGGUGAAGCUUGCGAACCCCAAGACGGCGGAAUACCAACUCGUCCGAACAUCGCUACUACCGGGUCUGCUCAAGACAAUCAACUCCAACAAGCACCAUUCAGUACCGAUGAAGAUCUUCGAGGUUAGCGACAUUGGUCUCGUCGAUUUGGAGCAGGAGAGGAAGAGCAGGAACGAGCGCCACUUCGCAGCCGCAUUCAUGGGUAAGACAAGUGGCUUCGAACAAGUACAUGGUCUGCUGGACAGGCUGAUGCUCAUGCUUCGGUCGGCAUUCCUCACGCGCGAAGACGGACUAAAGAACGAGCAAUUGCAGGGCUACUGGAUAGAAGAGGUUGAUGACCCGACCUUCCUUCCUGGGCACUCAGCGGCUAUCAAGCUCAACCUCGGCGGUAAGAACCACACCAUCGGUGUCUUCGGUAUCCUGCACCCGAGUGUGCUGCAAAAGUUCGAGUUGCCAUACCCAGUGAUAACAGUACGCUUGUACCACGAAGUGCUUGAACGGCUCGGAAAGGCGGAACCGUCAACAGUGGACGAGUGCAAAGCUGUAUUGGAGCGCAUUCGUGUCAACAAAGGCCACAUCGACGAGGAUUACCGACUGGAUUUGGAGAAGCUUUCCCACGGACAUCGCGACCGGACAUUGUAUGUUUUUGCAAAACAGCGCAAGCUUGAGGCAGCUUUCACCAAAAGCAUCUCCCAGCAGCUUUACUCGUCCAAGUAUCGUUUCUUGUACGAACUUGUUCAGAAUGCUGACGAUUCGCUGUACAACGAGGCGCACAGCGCAUCUGUACUACCCUUUCUCCGAUUCAAGAUCGCGCCAGAUGCUUUCAUUGUGGAAACAAAUGAAGAUGGCUUCAGACUAGCCAACGUUGAGGCAGUGUGUGCGACUGGGGAAAGCUCGAAGAAAUCGUCAGCUACCGACAAUCACAUCGGAGAGAAAGGCUUCGGAUUCAAGUCUGUGUUCUCCAUUGCAGAGGACGUGCACGUUCAAUCUGGACUCUGGUCAUUUCGGUUUCACCAUCGGCGCGGAGACGACGGUCUUGGUAUGGUGACGCCUCUGGACGCCGAGCCAGUCCCUCUCCCUGAGGAUGUGACUACAAGAAUAACUUUGCGCCUCGCGAGGGAUGCAACUGCAGAGUACCGGGGUCUACUCAAUGCUGUCGCAAGCAUGCCUGAUACAACACUCUUCUUCUUGCAGAGACUACGCAGGUUCCGUAUUCAUGUCACAGACCCAGACCUGGACGACAAAGAAGUAACAACUACUUUCGAGAGAAUCGCACUUGAAUCUCCCCCAGGUCGCGUCCUUAUUAGGCGCCAGGAAGAGUUCAACGAUGAAAUCACGGUCGACGAAAGCUUGUAUCGUUGUUUCACUCACGUCGUCGAGAACAUGCCAGCACACGAAUACCGGGAGGGUCGCGGAUCAGCGCGCGUCGAGUUGGCCUUUCCAGUCGACUCCACAACACAGCAGCCAAAGCUUAGCGAAUCUGGACAUCAUGUUUUCGCUUAUUUACCAUUGCAGCGUUUGCAACAAGUUCAGAACAGCAUGCUCUAUGGCGGCAAACCGAUCUUGGAGGCUAUAUCGGAUGAUGUCGACCUUGCCCCUGAUUACAUCCCUAAAUACGUCUCUGAAGUGAUUUCCCUUGGGGCAUGGUCGAUCAAAGCCCCCGAUGUUGGUGUCCAAGAUAGACUGAGGAAACUGGCUAUUAUACCUCUGCAGAAUCGUCGGCAGUGGACAGGCGCACCAGGGCAAAGCAGCGGUGGGAGUUUGGAUCAUAUCUACUUCUCUGAUGUCGACGGCAUCAAUAUUCCCAGCUCUAUAGGAUUGAAUCUCCUCGAUACACACGCGUCUUCGAAUCCGACGCGCAAGGCCUUCUACACAGCACUCGGUGUCGAGGAGUGUUCGCAUGAGUUUGUCGUGGAUAGGAUCAAGCAGAUACAUGGCCGCGCCAACAAAGCUCCUGCUGAUAUACUGUCCCAUCUUCGAUACCUUUUCUGCGCGAACGAGGAAGCUUCGCUGCUCAAACAAUGGAUCUGGGUGCCGACAACAAGCGGGCAUGUGAGAGACUCUGCAACGUUAUACUUCCCGUCAGAAGAAGCCCAUCAUCUCCAUCAAGCUCUUGCUGGAAUUCAUCCCUCGAGAUAUCAGGGAAUCUUGGAAUUUGUUGACAAGUCUCUAGUCGACUGGGAAGAAAACUCUGCGAAGGACCAGCGUGAUGCGUGGGAAAAGUGGUUGGAGCAGGCGACAGGUGCCCGAUACUAUCCGCCUCUUGUAUACGAAAAUGCAAAGACGUCUUUGCCAGAGCUUUCCCCAGCUUUAAGGGCACUCUCCGAGUGGAAAUGUCGUGCAUUUCUAGACAUGCUCAGACAGCAUUGGCACGAUUACCAAAAGGACGUCUCACGCAUCGAAGCCCAGCUCAGGAACCUAGAAGUACCAUGCGCCGUUAUAGCUGGUGAGCCUCGGCAAGACGAGGCUCUUCAAGACACAUACCUACCUACGGUCGACGUCAUUGAUCAAGUGCUGACUCUUGGUCUAACCCUGGGCACGUUUUCAAUACUCGCUAUACCUGAUUUUCGCCGGACGUCGGACAAGCUUGACAAAGAUGGCCGUGUGAAGUGGCGAUUUUUGGAAGAAUUCGGCGUACGUAGCGAGGUAGAUCUCGAGUUCUACGAGCGCGCUCUUCAGGGUAUGAGGUCAGUGGCUCAAGAUCCUGAUUUGGGAAUUCUGGAGAAGAUAUAUGCGGGCCUAGCGAAGUUCGCUACGGCAGACGAUCACGACGAUCUUUGCGAACUCUUCUCCCAGGAGCUGCUCUGGAUACCCAGCAGUAGAAGCUGGGUAGACAAAUCCUCAUGCGUCUGGCAGGGCCCAGCCUUCUUGCGAUACAAGAGCGUGUUACACUCACACUAUGGACAUAUUCCUGCAUUGUCUAGAUUCUUUCAAGGAACUCUAGAUGUACCAGAUGCUGUCCCCGAGGAUGUUUUGGAAGAGCUGAUCAAACGAAGGCAAGCUACCGAUCUCACAACCACCCUUUCCGUUGCAGGAGACAUCUAUUCAUACAUCCGUGAUAAUACAGUCCGUGACGAGGAGUGGCAGAUACUGAGGACGCAGUUCCAGCAAAACGAUUUGAUCUUGGGCACGAAUAACACCUGGCACACCCUGGAGACGUGUGUGUGGCACAGCCGUUUCUUGCUUUCCGGAUACGAAGACCUUAGCUCCAUCUACCCACAAUUGGAAACCUUCUUCGUGAAGCAUCUCAAAGUCAAGAAAGUCACACCGACUAUGGUUAUCAAGGAGAUAUCGAAAAUGGUCAGGAACAAAUCGCCAGACUACGAUAAUAUCCGAAAGCGGCUCGUCGACGUCAGCAGGAUGCUGACUACUACCAAGCUGGAUAAGGCAACUAAAGAUGCGCUAUCCGAUCUUGCGGCAAGCAAGUUCCUGCCCAAAAGACUUGCCAAUGGCGGUACAGUCCUCCUUAGCCGUCACGAUGCCUACGCUAUCCGGGACCAUACUCGAUAUGGCAGCGCCUUUGAGGGGCAUGACAUCUUACUCGACUUCUCCGUUGAGGAGGUUCAAAUUAUGAACGUCAUGUUCACGCAUACCGGUAUCAAGAGGUAUUAUCUCUCGUCUUUGGUGGUCGAGAAGUCCACGGUCGAGGAAGAUAAUGAGGAAGACGAUGCCCUUACGCAACAACUGCAAGUGAAAGCGUACGCUCUGUAUUGCUGUGCUGCGAAGUACAAGAGUGUGAAAGCUCUCCAUGGAGAUCACUCACUUUUCGACACUUUGUCAGCGGUUCGGAUCUCCAGAGGCGAUCUCGCGACCCACCUGGUCAUCGACAACAAAGACCCAGACCUUCAUCUUAGUGUUCGAAGCGAGCGAUCAUUCAUACACCAUGAGAGAACGGCAGACGGUCUAAGAAUCUACGUACCCAAAGGCCCGAAGCAACGUCAAUCUUCCUAUCGAUCACAGCUUCCGAAACUGCUUGCAGACAUCAUGGAAGUCGACGACAGCGCACGUCAUGACAUCUCUGUCAUCAUUGGUAGCGACCUCCGAGCCUUAGACGACAUCCUGGUCGAGCUCGAUAUAUCGUGCGUGUCGUGGAUCACAAAGCCAGUCUUGAAUCUACCGGACGAUGAAGAUGAGGAUGGGGAUGAGGAUGAAGAUGAUUCAUCGUCGCCGUUUGAGCCGCGACACGUGCACAAUGCUGAAAAUACAAGCACGCAAAGACGCUCUUCUCUAGUCUCAGCAAAUGGGUCUGUGAACUCAUCCGAGUUCACCUUCGUCGAAGAUGUGACAGCUAGCUCCAGACAUGCGGCCUACAGUCCCAAAGCAAGUCGCAGCUUAGAUCAGGAGCGUAUUAACCGCCUUCAUGGGGCUCUUGGUGAAGCAUUUGUUUUUGAAACACUCGCCGCUCUCAAUUUGACCGACUUCACGCUUGACAAUUGGCGCAGUACGAUUCGCGGAGAGCUCUCACGCUAUCCGAGAUACGCCGGCAUUGCCAACUGGCAAGGUCGCGAAACAGCGGAUAUUGUCUACACGGAUCGCGAUGGUACGCUGACGCAAUGGUUGAAGGGGAGAUGCACAGGUGGCUAUCCUGCUAGUAGUACUGAGCGUGACUUCGCGAAGCACCCGAUCGAAUACUACUUCGAAGUCAAGAGCACAACAAGUGCUUGUGAGACGAGGUUCUUUCUGAGUGCGGGACAGUACAAACUUAUGCAUGAGAUGGCUGUUCAAAGAGACCAGGAGGCAACCAGAAUGUAUGUCAUUAUGCGAGUGUCUUAUCUUUCGUCGGACGACAAAGGAUUGAAGAUCUACGUUGAUCCUGUACGACUGAAAGGGACACAUGUUGAUUUCGAAGCGGAAGGGUGGGUUGGACAGACUUUAUGA